CGCGAAGCCGUUGUCGUCCUGACUUGUCGUCCAUGCUACCUCGCCAUCUACAGAGCCUCGUCCUUCGCUCAUCCCUGCGAAACCGUGCAGUUCUCUCUUACCAUCAUUUGAGGAAUUUUCCUUCCCGAGCAUCACCUAUCCUUGGCGCACCGAGGGCAAACUUUCACGCUUCUUCGAGACACUUGAAUGAGCCACCAAAAUCCCCGUUCCAGACUUUCGUUGACGUCCUGAAGGAUGAGCUACGGAAGAACAGGGAACUUCAAGACAAUGUCAAACUGCUACAGGGUGAUGUUGAUAAGCUCCAGGAUUCAGAAGCUAUGAAAAAGGCCAGGGCAGCAUACGAAAGGGCCAGGCUCACCUCAAGCAUCAAAGAAAAUCCACGGUUGCGCGCAGCCGCCGAAGAGCUGAAGAAGACGGGUGUCAAAGUUGGAGACGCUGUUGGGGAAGCCUUGAAGAGCAUGGAAGAGAGCGAGAUUGUGCGGGCGAUAUCCCGAGCAACGGGCGCCGUUUCCGAAACGAUAAAAAAGUCCACCGAGCCCAUUCGGAAUACAGCUGCCUACCAAUCUCUCUCCGAAACACUGAUUGACGCGCUCGAUGACAGUGGUAGCGCGAAACACGCUGGGUUUGAGGAAAAGGAGGCGCGCCGACUUCGUCGACAGCGACGGUUAAUCAAAGCCGGGAAGGACAGCAGCAUAGGAUCGGCAUCCAAACGAACAGCUGCUAAUCCAGAAGCCGGCUCGUCUGUUGUUCUCCACAAGGACUCGCCCCGGCAGGAAAAGUGGAACCGGCUCAAAGAGACAAACCCCUUCCUGCGAACAUUUGUGUCGUUGCGGCACUCGUAUGAAGAAACAGAAAAUCCUGUCAUCUCGUCGAUUCGUUCAGUGACGCAAACGGUCGCCUCGUGGUUCGAUGAGAACGAGACGGCACAGGUGAUGCGGUUGAUGAAGGCGAUGGAUCCAACAUUUGACAGGGAGAGUUUUGAACGCGAACUGAGGGAGUACAUUGUACCGGAAGUUGUGGAUGCGUAUCUGUCUGCUGAUCAGGAAGCCUUGAAGGCCUGGUGCGGAGAAGCCACAUAUAAUGUUCUCUGGGCAACAAUGGAGCAGUACUUGCGGCAAGGACUCAUCAGCGACAGCAAAGUUCUCGAUAUCCGACAAGUUGAUGUUUCCGCCGGCAAGAUCUUGGAGAACAACAUUCCCAUUUUCGUGAUACAGUUUAGCACGCAAGAGGUGCUUCUCUUCCGGAAUGUAAAGACGCGAGAAAUCGUAGUUGGUGCGGAAGAUCGGGUGGAACAAUGCACAUAUAUUGCUGCCAUCACGCGUUUAGAGGACGAGUUGACCAACGAGCUUACCGGUGGGUGGAAGGUAGUCGAGAUGGGUCGCAGGAGUGCAAGAGCAUACCUGUAAAAGUACAGUAGCAAUAUUAUAGUUAUUUAACAGAUAAUCACCACUCAACACUUAGACUAAAAUGGAAGAUCCUGAUGUGGC